GACAAGGAGCAGAACAUAAAUGGUUCUUGUGACUUGUUGGGAUAUUUUGGUCUUAAUCUUCCUGGGCAUGGAAUUCAAAAUGGAAAUACAUUACUUUGGAGAGUUUUAAGUGAUCUCACAGAGACGGUCGGGGGAUUGGACAAAAGGCUGGGCAAAAAGGGCACUGUGAGGGUAUUUCGUAGAUAUUUUCUUUUCUUUCUCACACAUACACACACACACUCUUGGACAGACCAUUCACAAGGAGACGACAGGCAACCCUCUCCCCAGCACCAGUCUCAGGAUGAUAGGGAGCUGUAUCAAAGACUUCUUCACCUACGAGACCACCAAGUCUGUGGUGGUCAAGAGCUGGACUAUUGGCAUCAUCAACCGUGUCGUCCAGCUUCUCAUCAUCACCUACUUUGUCGGUUGGGUGUUUAUGCAUGAGAAGGCUUACCAAACAAGAGACUCAUCCAUUGAGUCAUCUGUCAUGACCAAAGUGAAGGGCUUUGGCAUGUACAACAAUCACAUUAUGGAUGUGGCAGACUAUGUCACCCCCACUCAGGGGGCAUCUGUAUUCUGUCUCAUCACCAAGCUCAUCACCACAGAGAACCAGGUGCAGGGCCAGUGCCCACAGUUUAUGUCCCCAAAAGACCGGAAAUAUAUCUGCAGCAAUGAUUCAAUGUGCCGAAAUGUGAGGUCGCCCAGUAAUGGUGAGUUGACCGGCAAGUGUGUGCCCUUCAAUGAAAAGAACAAAUCCUGUGAGAUCAAAGGCUGGUGUCCUGCUGAGAAUGAUGAGGUCAAAAUGACACCGAUGAUGGAGGUGGAAAAUUUUACAAUCUUCAUCAAGAACAGCAUUCGCUUUCCCCUUUUCAAUUUUACCAAGGCUAAUAUCUUGCUCAACAUUACCGACAGAUACAUUAAAUCAUGUAAUUUUGAUCCAGUUCGAGAGAGAUACUGUCCCAUAUUCAAAGUGGGUGAUGUGCUUCGAUUUGCCCAACAGAACCUCUCCAUUCUGGCCGACAAAGGAGGGGUGAUUGGGAUAAAGAUUGGCUGGGUCUGUGACUUGGACAAGUCUGAAAAUGAGUGCAACCCCACGUACUCUUUCACUCGUCUUGAUGGCGUGUCACAACAGAAUAAUGUGUCUCCCGGAUACAAUUUCAGGUUUGCCAAGUACUACAAGUCGGAGAAUGGAACAGAGCACCGCACUUUAUAUAAGGCCUAUGCCAUUCGAUUUGAUGUGAUAGUUAAUGGCAAUGCGGGGAAGUUCGACAUGAUACCUACUCUUAUUAACAUGGUUGCAGCCUUCACGUCCGUGGGUGUGGGAACUGUACUCUGUGACAUCAUUCUCCUAAACUUCCUGAAGGGAGCUGACCAAUACAAGGCCAAAAAAUUUGAAGAGAUUACAGAGGCUGAAGUGGAGAGGUCUGCCUCCAUAGAUGGCAUGUAUCGGACCAGAGAGCAAAGUCAGCUGACCAUCAGGCUGGAUGAAAAGGACUCAAAUGACUCUGGGGCCUUUUCCUUGGGGCGGUAUGGUUAACAGAUCAAAACAAUAAUAAAAUAAUGUAGUAUUUAAGUCUUAAAUUAGUAUAGAGUGUAAAAUAUUUGUUUGUUUGUUUGCCCAUUUACUUCACCACUAUAGCAAUAAAGACAUUUCAAAUUAUUGGUUUGUGAAUGCCCAUAAAACUAUUGAACAUUUUUGUUCCAGACCAUUGAUAGUGUAAUUAAAGGUAUAAUGCAAGAUCACGUAGAAUAGCGAUUGUCAUAGAUCUUUUGGAUGGUCGCAUUUAACAAAACAGCAUGUACUCUACAUUGUCACUGGUUAAUUAGCAAUGCCUAUUAGAAGUUAUUGCUGGCAUUCUUGACUGUAUAAUUACCACUCAAGUCCAAUCAAUAAAAUGUCAUGUGACCCUGAAGUAGCUUUGAUCUGAUCAAGUUCACAGGUGUCGUACAUGGUAUAGACAUGGGUAAAUGUUAAUGUUUUGAAACAUACAGUAUGCAUCCACUCUCUUUGCAUUCUCUCUCAAGUUUCUCCCCACAAACUUUGACUGCUCUGGCUAGCAGUCGGUGCUGACAGGCAAGCUCUUGUCCCGC